AUGAAGAUAUCAACAACAAUAAUCAUACUUUGUGUAAUAGUAUCAAGCUUUUCAGUAUCAAGUGAAUUGUUAUCAAUCACUGGAUUAUUGGGUGGACUGUUGGGUGGUUCAUCAUCUUCCUCCUCCUCAUCUACAUCCUCCUCAUCCUCCUCAUCAUCAACAUCAACAGGAGGAGGAUCAGGACCUAUUAUUGAUAUUGACCUUGGACCAAUUAGUUUAGAAUUAUAUUUAGCAAUUGGUGAUCAAACCAAUAGAAAUCUAUUCUUGGAUUGGACACAUCAAUACAACAAGACCUAUACAACUGCAGAGUUUCAAAAGAGAUACAAGUUGUUUGUCAGUAAUCUAUUAUUUGUCAACAACUAUGCAACGUUAAACCCCAACAGUCAAAUGAUACUUGGUACAAAUGAAUUUGCUGAUCUUUCACUCCAAGAAUUUGUCGACAUUAGACUGACCAAAUUCAACAUGUCUGAAAUCACCGAUGACUUGUUUAAUCAAAAUCAACCAGACAAUCAAACAUCAUCAUCAUCAUCAUCCUCAUCUCCUCCUUCAUCUCGACAGAUUCUAACGACAGGCCCAAUAUUCUUGAGUUGGAAGGAAUUUGGACUAGUUACUCCAGUUAAAAAUCAAGGAUCAUGUGGUUCAUGUUAUGCAUUCUCUGCAGUUGGAGCGGUUGAAACCUUGUACCUACGUACCUAUGGAACACAACAAAGUAUCGACCUCUCUGAACAAGAAUUGGUAGAUUGUAGAGACUACAAUAAUAUUGGUUGUGGCGGGGGUUGGAUGCACAACGCAUUUAAGCAAAUUUUAAUUGAAAAAGGAAUAACAUUAUCAAGUAUAAUACCCUAUGUAGGUAGCAGGGAUUACAUCAACUGUUACAAAGGAUUUAAAAAGACCAAAAUUUCAAAAUACACAAUGGUACCCAGGACCGAAGAUGGCCUGAGAGAAGCAUUGAUGGAAACAGCAGUUUCAGCUGCAUUUGAUGCAAGUUCUAGAGAAUUCCAAUUGUAUCAAAGUGGAAUAUUUUCAUCACCAACUUGUGAAAAGCUAGCACCUACACAUGCAGUACUUGUUGUUGGAUAUUACCCAACCUAUUGGGUAAUUAAAAAUUCUUGGGGAACUCAAUGGGGAGAACAAGGAUUUUUUAAAAUGGCAAGAAAUACCAAUGAUCAAUGUGGUAUUGCUCGUUAUGCAAGUUAUCCAACUCAAAUCCAUGAAUAA